AUGAAUGAAUCUGUCAAAGCCGAUGGCCAUCAGAUAGGAGCCGUCAACAAGAUCCAGCAGCAGACGUCGCAACUGGACACGGACGAGAAGACGACCUGGAUCUUGGCAUUUGGUGUGCUUCUAGUCGUGGCGACGGUGGGCAACAGCUUAGUCACGUGGUUCAUCAUAGCUCGCCGCCGGCUGGCCAAAGCUCACAGCUGCUUCAUGCUGAGCUUGACAAUGGCGGACUUUGCAAUGCUCUAUUUGGAGGGCGUCUUCAAUUUCAUCUACAUUCUUGAUGGACACUGGCGAUACGGAACAGCUUACUGCAUGAUUGACAGAUUUCUCUCGGAAUUGACCAACGCGGCCAGCAUCUUUACGUUGACCGUCACGUCCUACGACAGAUACCUGGCGAUCGUGAAACCCUUUUUGCCAAGAUCAACUCGAAAAAGCGCUUUUAUUACCAUCGCAACCUGCUGGAUUAUCGCCGUCAUCCUGGCCAUGCCCAAUCUCUUGUACUCGGACGAAUUCAUUUUACGCCAAGCUGGUGAGGAUCUAUUGAAGUGCGAAAUCGUUUGGCCGGAGCGAGACGUUGUGCUAAACAACUACUCAUACAGAGUGCUGGUGUUUGUAAUUACCUAUCUUUUGCCGACCGUUUGUAUGGCUUACUGGAACUUUCGAAUCGCCGUUGUUUUGACGACGAGUACGGUGCUCACCAGCGGCGACGGUGACACGCGCAACAACCUGCAGUUGAAUCUCCUCGUCAAGAAAAGAAAGGUCGCUUUAUUUUAUUUGAAAAAUUAAGAUUAAAAUGAAUUCACGCCACGAAAUCGUGAAUUGUAGAAUUUGGCUAGUGGCAUGUGGGCCAUUUUGGUCAUCUUUUGCCUGUGUUGGCUGCCCUAUCAAACCUACUUGAUGUACCAGGCAUUUCAGACGGAAGAAAAUGUCUACACCAAGCGGAUUUACAUGUGUGUCUACUGGCUAGCCAUAGCCAACGCUGCCGUCAAUCCAUUACUCUUCUAUCGACUAGAUAAACAGUAUACGCGCAAAUCAGUUAAAAGAUUUACUCUUGCAUGUCUAUAACGAUCGCCAUUUUUUC